AUGGAUCCCUUCAGCCUCACUGUUGGUGCCCUUGGAAUCACAGGAUUCGCUUUGUCCAGCAUCAGCAAUGUUCGGCAGAUUAUUGAUGGCCUUGAAGAAGCAAACGAUGUGCUGCAAGAGGUGACAUCUAACUUGGAAGCCAUACAACGUCCACUUUCCGCUCUCACGGAUCUUCAAAUUUCCGAUAGCAAAACUUAUACCGAAACGAGAGAGGUUUUGGAGAAGACCGGUGUCGCUGAAGCCGUGAAUAAAUGUGGGCAGGCGUGCGCCACAUUUAUGAAAAAGCUUGAGCAAUGGACGAAGCACUCUAGUACUACGAAGCUUUCCCUCAGGGAUCGACUGUCCGUCGGCUUAUGGAACAAAGAAAAGAUCCAGACAUUCAGAACGCAGGUCCUUACUUGUCAGGCUAUCGUCCAGUUUGCCAUCGACAGCGCCCAGUUGGUUAUUCUGGUCCGAUCUGAAAAUGCGUCAAAAACUGCACGGCAAGAGACGGAGAAGCAACUGCGAGCUCUUGAGAAUGCUAUCCAGGAGCACAUCGAACUCACAAAGAGAAAGCAAGACGAAACUUUGCAGCGCAAGAAGGAACUUGAAACCGAGGACGAGGACGAGGACGAGGAUGGCGGCGCUCAGCGAACUCUAGCCAUUCAAGAGAUCGAAGAGCGAUCACGCGUACUGGAAGCCAACCAAACUGCCACUAUGGCUGUUUCUCAAACACUCUUGAAACUGUCCGUCGCGCAGGUCGGCAACACGUACAACACUGAUUUUUCAGGCAGCACCAAUAAUGGCUUACAGAUCGGUCACAGCGUGGGUACGAUUAAUUGGAACAGCGUUCGCAGUCAUGAGUCAAAUUUACCUACAGAUGGUGGGUGUGGAAACAUUGUCACUAGGUCCUGA